GUCACUCACAGGGAGCAGCCAGGAAGAACAACACAGAGGAAGAGUAGAAGAAACUAUCAUCACCAGGUUUUUUUUCCAAAGAAAAGUAAAAUGAAGUUGAUGUUCAGACUUCCUCUUUUCUAUUUGUCGCUGUGCUUUACAGGCCAGACAUUAGGUGUCAGGAUCGAUUCUGUCCCAGCCACCAACAGUGAGGGAGUCAUACAGUUGGAGGUGGACAUGACAGUCUCUCUGGUUUGUCACUCUGAAGGCGUCUCUGAGACCGAGCAAGAGCUGGUCUGGCUGAGAAAUGGUGCUGCAGUCAGUCUGAAGGAGGGAAACACAAAAAGCAGCAGCAAAGUGUGCAUUACACCUGUCAUCCGUGAAGAUGACGGAGCCACUUUCACCUGUCGCCUCAAGAAAAACUCCACAAUCGGCAGCUCAAUCACCCUUGAUGUCACAUACCCCCCUGAGCUCUCUGGUUCACAGGAGAUCACUGUAGAAGAGGAGGAGAGACUCGUCCUAAGCUGUGAUAUCCAGGCUAAUCCACAGGUCACCUCUGUAUCCUGGAUGCUCAAUGGGACUACAGUGGAUCUUUUAGAGGGCAUCUUCACAGUGACCAGUGACGGAUUUACAAACCAGCUAGCCACCAGUAGUGUUGAGAGAAGCUUACAUGAAGGCACCUAUCAGUGCAUAGCGCACUCCUCCAAGUAUGGCCAGUACACCAGAAUCUUCCAUGUCACUGUAACAGAUAAAACCAUGAAGUUCCCUCUGAUGCCCAUCAUAGCCGGGAUAGUGGUGGUGUGUCUCACUGCAAUUCUUGCUGUUGCUUCACGAUGGAAGAAAAUCACAAAGUGCUGCAAGUAAUAUGUGGCCAAAACAAUCAGCCAUCUAUGUUUCUCUAAGAGAAAGAAGACAUGAAGACUUCACCUCUAUGUUUAAUGUGCACUGAGCUGUAUUUUUUGUAUUUAAUUAUAUUAACCAUUAACUUAAAUAAAGUUUGUAGCUCUGGUAAAUUGAGUUUGUAGACCAUUACCAGCCUCAUAUCUGAAAAUUGAAAAUGAAGCUUGUGGGCUUAGCUUAGCACAAAAAACAACAAAGAGUUGAAUCAAGGAAAAAGCUAAGCAGACACUGUCCAUAAGUAACCCAAAUAAAACCACUUCCUGCUGGUGUUUACAGAUCUAUGGAUACUGUAAACCAACAUACAGUCAUAUUUUUAUUUACUCUGUUGUAUCUUGAGAAUGACUCGUCACCCUCACCUCAUGUGUCAUUAUGUCAGGUCAACAAAGUUAGUCCUGUCACAGUGAUGAUCGAGAUCUUGAAAAAUACCUUGAACUAAUGUGUUGUCCCAGUAACACUAGAGUUGUUGUUCUGAGAUAUCAAGAUAAAUAAGUCAGGAUGGGGAAACCAGCUAUAAUUUACCUAUUGCAGAAAAACUGAAAAUAAGAUAAACAGCAUGCCCUCUUUGGGCUUCUGUACAAUGCAGACAUGCAUCAAUACAUUGUAUUUAUCCUGUUUUUUUUUUUUUCUUUGCUAAAGCAAAAUUUUAAGGUUAAGGAGCUAGUUUGGAUAUCUUAUGAUCACAACAAAUAUAAAUUGUAAAUUAUAAAUUUACAAGUAAAAAAAUAAAAUUUACUUGUAAAAAAACAGGGUUAUUGUUUUAGAUAACAAGACAUAUAUAGGCUAAGCUGAGAUCUAAAAAAAAAAAAUGAACAUGAGUUAAAUGUAUGGCAGGGGUGUCCAAACUAUGGCCCGGGGGCAAAAUGGGACCCUUGGCCCAUUUUGAAUUUGUCCACAUCAAAUUCUAAAAAAAAAACAAAAGAAAGAAAGAAAUAUGGUCAAACAUGAUGCUCGUGCGCUACAUCUUGGUUUCAGUAUUAAACAGUGCUUACAUAAUAAUUCUGUAAACAAACAUUUUGACCAGAAGAAUUUAUUGAUGUGCUUUUUUCAGGAUUAAACUGAGACAACGCUGUAAAAGGUAAACAUAUUGACAGCUAGUCUUCCCAUUCUAAAGCAUAUGGUGUCAUUAUCAUCCAUACCAGGGCCAGCAAGGGCCAACCAGGGCUCCCCUGAAAUCUGACUGGCCUAUUCAGCUAUUAAUUAGCCAUUUAGGCAUAUCUAGUCACUAGUGCAUCUUUAAGUUGGACUGGAUUUACCAAUGUUAAUAUCUUGAAGGUGAGAUAUGAAAGUGGCCCCAUCAUCCUUAUAAUUUUCUGUGUGGGGCCCUGAUGUAUGGUUACAGGUCCACUUGGACUUUCCUAACAAAAUGAACAAAUUGAGUCAAAUAAUGUGAAUCACUGAGCUUUACGGGAUGAGAGUUUUAACACUUUAAGAAGGAACCAGGCUAAGUGUUUCCAUUUGUUUCCUGUCUUUGUGCGAUGCUUGGUUAUGUUAUGCUAACUAUAUGACACGUUUACCAUAACGACAUGAAAAUAUCUCGUAGUAUUCAUGUGAGCAAGAAUAGGCUGGAAUAUCUGUAAAGAUUUAAAGAUGACCUUGAACAGUGUUUAGCACCCUGACCUUGAAAAUUAUAUUUUAAAGGCUCUUCUCCCUUUUCCUCAUGGGUUCCUUCACAAUAAAAGUGUUUUGUUUCAUCCCAAUGAAGGUCUGUAGUUUUCCUUUUUGCUGUGAACUUUAACUCCUGACUCAACAAUCCAGCCCAGGAUUGUUAAAAUCGUGUUAUACAUUUACUCUUAAUGAGACAGAAGGACAACCAAGUCAUCAUGAGGGUCAAGGUCUAGCUUUGUGUUCGGUCCAAUAAAGAAACAUUUAACAGGAUCACAUAAAACAGUGCAAUACUGAUAGAGUAGCACAUUACACACAAUAACAAGCAAGGUUGAGAUAA